AUGCAACAACAGGCUAACAACCCUGUUGCACCACCGCAAUCUAAAGAAUCUUCAUUGGAGGAUAUGUUGAAGCACCUGACAGCCCAAAACAUGCAGUUCCAACAAGACACCAGAUCCUCUAUUCAGAAUCUGACCACCCAGAUAGGACAGAUGGCUACUUCAAUAAACCAGCUACAGUCCCAGAAUUCUGAUAAGCUGCCCUCUCAGACGGUUGUCAAUCCAAGAAAUGUGAGUGCCAUCACCUUACGGUCGGGGAAGCAAAUUGAUGCAGAUCAUGGACCAGAGCCAGAGCCUGAACCUGAAAAGGAGACAGAGACCACUGCCACAAGAACCUUCCAAGUACAACCACCUGCCAUUCCUCUUCCAUUCCCUCCGAAAGCUAUGCCAAGCAAGAAGAAGGAAGAGGUAGAUAAGGGAAUCUUGGAGAUAUUCAAGAAAGUGGAGGUGAACAUACCUCUACUUGAUGCACUCAAGAAAAUUCCAAGAUAUGCAAAGUUUCUGAAAGAAUUAUGCACUCAGAAAAGGAAGCUGAAAGGAAAUGAAAGAGUUCGCAUGGGGAGAAACGUUUCUGCAAUCAUAGGUAAAGCUGGUAAACCUGCUCCUGUUUCUGAUGUUCCUGAAAAGUGUGAGGAUCCAGGUACGUUUUCUGUUCCUUGUGUCAUAGGUGAUACUAAAAUUGAAAAUGCCAUGCUAGAUCUAGGAGCUUCAAUUAAUGUGAUGCCUAUGUCUAUUUUUAAAUCACUUUCACUUGGACCUUUGAAACCUACGGGUGUUGUCAUCCAAUUAGCAAAUAGGAGCACGGCACACCCUGCUGGAUGGGUAGAGGAUGUUUUGGUUAGGGUUGGUGAACUUGUUUUCCCUGCUGAUUUUUAUGUGCUUGAAAUGGAAAAAGGAUCUUCCCGUAAUACAGUUCCUAUCAUUUUGGGGAGACCAUUUUUAAAGACAGCCCGAACCAAGAUAGAUGUUUAUGCUGGAACAUUGACUAUGGAAUUCGGUGAUAUUGUGGUUCGGAUAAACAUUUUUGAUGCUAUGAAACAUCCACCUGAAGACUAUUCUGUGUUUCAUAUUGAUUUGCUUGAUGAACUGCUUGAUGAUAUGCUUGAUGAACAUGAAUCUGAUUUCCUACAUGAUUCUGAUUUUCCUUCACUAACUGGGUUAUACACUUGUCAUACAUGUACUGCUACUGAAAUGUGUGAUUCUUGCAUUGAUCAAUUUUUGGACACUGUUGUUGUUGACUCAGAUGUUAAGAAAUCUGAUUGCACUAACCCAGUUGUUGAAGUGCAGGCUGCAAAAACUGUAUCUGCUAGUUUGGUUCCAUCUGUUUUGCAGGCACCCGUAGUGGAGCUUAAGCCCUUGCCAGAUAACCUCAAGUACGCUUACUUGGAGGAUGAUAAGAAGCUCCCUGUCAUUGUUUCCUCUCUCCUUCAUGAAAAUCAAGAGGAAAAGUUGCUGCAAGUACUAAAGAAGCACAAGAAAGCUAUUGGUUGGACCUUAGCUGACAUUCCUGGGAUUAGUCCAUCCAUGUGCAUGCAUAGAAUACUCUUGGAAGAAGAAGCGAAGCCAGUAAGACAACCACAAAGGAGACUCAACCCAGUGAUACUUGAUGUUGUGAAGAAGGAGAUCACCAAGCUGCUACAAGCUGGAAUUAUAUAUCCGAUCUCUGAUAGCCCUUGGGUGAGCCCAGUUCAAGUGGUCCCUAAGAAGAUAGGACUUACCGUAGUGAAGAAUGAGAUGAACGAGCUUAUCCCUACUCGAGUGCAAAACAGUUGGAGAGUCUGCAUUGAUUAUAGGAGGCUCAAUCAAGCAAUUAGAAAGGAUCACUUUCCUUUGCCCUUCAAGGAUCCUUCUCCUGUGGAUGCUACCAUGAACGAUGUUUCCUUGGUUGUUUCCACCCUCCGCCCGCCAUGA